AUGGCGCUGCUAGCCGAUGCAGCUGGAUUGCCAAAUCCUCGCAUCGAACCUGGGAAAAGGAGCUGGUGGGGAACCCAGAUUUCUGACAUUACCGUCAACGUUGAGAACUUGGAAGAGUCGGAAAGUCAACGCCUGGGGAUCUUGGGGUGCUGCAGCCGGGCAACGGGCGUGCUGCGAAACUGUUGUGUCUGCUGCACCCUUGCAGUCCUGCUACCGGCGAUCUGCUUGGUAUUUGGCAGUGAGCUAGACACGUCGACGUAUCGGCUGGCUGUGAUGGCUGUUGGACUUCUGUUGUUGGCGAUCUCUUGCUGCCUUUGCUGCUGUUCGUUGCGGCACACUUGUUGUGAGGGGAUUUUCAACCUGCCGGAGCCAGCGCCACUGAUACCUCCGCUGUCCAAGACUCCUGGUUCCAGGCUUGAAAUCAAGAAGUUGUUGCUUGUAUACAAUCCCAAUGCUGGGAAGCGACAGGCAAAAAGGAUUCUGGAGGAGAUGGUGCUGCCAGGAUUGCAACGGCGUGGAGUCGAGUGCACGACAAUCGCUACUGAGAGUGUCGGGCACGCUCGUCAUCUGGGAAUGACGCUUCCACUGGCGGACUUCCAGGCUGUUGUGACGCUUGGGGGUGACGGCACUUUCCAUGAGCUGGUGAAUGGCAUGUUCUCACGAGAAGAUGGCAAGCAAAUCCCGGUGAGCCUCAUCCCUUUGGGGACAGGGAAUGGCUUAUCGGCGACACUGCGCCAGAACAUGCAGCGACAGGGUGAGGAGGUGUCGGUCUGGUCAGAAAUGGAUGCGAUACUAGAGUGGUCUCUGGACAGGAUAUGCGGUGGCGACGUUGCUCGUGUCGACCUGCUGGAGGUGGAGGUCAUGAACCGUCGGCUGCUGGCAGUGAUGAUGGUCUAUUUGGGGCUCUUCGCUGAGGUGGACGUCGUCGCUGAGCCGAUGCGAUGGCUUGGGCCAGCACGCUUCGACAUUGCAAGCAUCCUCAUGAUUCUGAAGCAGCAGCCACAGACCCUCAGGUGCAAACUCACCUUCGCGGACGGAACGGUGCAGGACGACAGCUUGUCCACGAUCGGAGCUUGCAUGGGCUUGUGCCAGCAUUUCUCAGACAAGCUCCGGUCCGUUCCGCAGGCGCAGCUCGACGAUGGUCUGGCGGAAUUUUCUGUGCUCUCCUCGGGGGCCACGGUCGACCAGACUUUCGCGGGUUUUCUGAAGCUGCCAAACGGUGCACAUACUGGUGACAAGGAUGUCUGGGACUCCAAGCAGGUCACCAGCGCCGAAAUCAUCUUUGACGGGCCCGGCAUUUUCAACGUCGAUGGUGAGGUUCUGGAGCAUGAUGGCAUGCUUCGCAUCCGCGUUCUGCCUGCAGCGCUUCAGCUGCUCGUCGGUAAGGACGAAGCCUCCUCUGCCGGCCCGGCCGAGGAGGCUGCUUUGCCCACGUGGCGCGCUGACCCGGCACGAUGGCGGAUGCUGCUGCUCUUCAUGUUCGGGUGUAUGGCGAACCAGGCCAUGUGGAUUGGCUUUGCCCCAAUCGAAGCUGAUGUCAUGAAGGACUAUGGAGUAUCUUCAACAUAUGUGAACUUCCUAUCCCUGGUCUUCAUGAUUGUGUACUUGCCGGCCAACUUCCCAGCCUCUUACGCCAUGGACGUCUUGGGCUGCCGAUGGGCCCUGCUAGUGGGUGGCUGCCUCCAGACGUUUGGAGCAGUCCUGAGGUGCCUGCCUGCUGACCCUGUCACCGCCCGGUACCUGGUGAUGGCUGGACAAGCACUGGCUGCUGUGGGACAACCGUUCUUCACUGACAUGCCGCCAAAGAUCGCGGCAGAUUGGUUCCCUGCCUACCAGCGCGUGUUGGCCGAUACGCUGGCUUCGCUAUCAAUUUCUGUUGGUGCGGCCGUGGGAUUCAUACUGCCGGCGACGCUGGGCCUUCGUCAGAUGCUUUACCUCCACCUCGCCUGGUCGGCUUUGUCUCUUGCCCUCACCUUCCUCUUCUUUCGUGCGGCACCGGCCACGCCUCCGAGCCCCAGGAAGCACCACGAGGGCAAAUCCUUCGGCCUGGAACUUGCAGCGGCACUGUCCAACGGCAACUUGUGGUGCCUGAUCUUGUCCUUCAGCUGCAGUCUGGGGUCUUUCAACACCUUGAGCACCCUCGCUGCCCAGCUCGUGGGCCCGUUUGGGUACAGCGCCGAUGACGCCUCCAUCUUCGGGGUGGCUUGCACGAUCUGUGGUGUCCUCGGGGCUCUUGUUAUGUCCGUCAUCGUGGGUUUGACUGGGAAGCACAAGCCUGUCCUCACCAUGUGCUGUGUGCUUUGCGUGCUCUUCGCGCUCCUUGCUGCUCUGACGGUGAUCUACGUGGGCGAUGGACCCGGGGGGUUGGAGCUUCUAGCCUUGGCCUUCGGAGGCCUUGGCUUCUCUGCAAUGCCCUUGAUGCCCAUCUCCUUCGAGGCGGCCAUCAUGGUAAGCCAGGCUGGUGAGGGCACACUGGCCGGCCUCUGCAUGUCCGGCGGCCAGAUCCUGGGCAUAGGUCAAACUUUGAUCCUUGGGCAGCUCCUUCAGAGCGGCCACCCGAAGAUGGCGUGGAUCAUCUCGGGUGGGUUGUUUUGCGUGGCCUUGCUCGCUGUGAGUUUGUUCGCACCGAAAAGCAACUCCUUCCACUUGCCUCUUCCGGAAGAGUCCGAUGUUGAAGCUCUGAAGCACCCUUUUGCUCUUCACUUCCACAAGACAUUGCAAGCAAACCAGAUACUGCAGUUCUUGUGUGGCCUUGUGCAUGCUCCGGCCUCGUUUCCUGGAAUGCCGCGACUGGUCUGCAGUGAAAAGUCCGAUAUGACACAAGUUGGAGAAAGCAAGAACCAUCCGCCAGAGUAUGCCAUCAGCCAGCAAAAGUCGGCCUAUGCGUCCGUGGAUAUGAGAGACAAUGAGCCAUGCUGUGUUUGGACACUUAGCAAGGCCGGAUGCGAGACGUGCGGCACUCAGUGCAUGGCUUUUGUGCGAUGUCGUGGACCAGAGGCAAACCCAUACUUCACCCGUGCAGGGGACGGUGGCGGUGGCCGUGCCUUAACUCAGGCCCGGCCCUGUCUCGCUCUGACGGUGAAGGAAAUGGUCUUCAUGCGGACGAAGUGCAAUCGCAUGGCCCUGUGCCCAGUUAGUACGUACGACGGUAGGACAUUUCUGUCGGAAGCUCAGUUACCAGUUAUCCAGUCCAUGCCAAACUUGGAGGUCCUGAGCCUCAGCGUGAACCAGGUGAAUACCCUCGUGGAUCUUCAGCACUGCCCGAAGCUCUCGGAGCUGUAUCUGAGGAAGAACGAGAUCAUGGACCUGUCAGAGAUUCUGUAUCUCAGACAUCUGAGGCGCAUGAAGGUCCUCUGGCUGGCGGACAAUCCUUGUGCCGAUCUGCCGUAUUACAGACAGUACAUCUUGCAUCACCUCCCGAACCUCACAAAGAUUGACUCAGAGGACGUCACAGAAGAGGAGCGGCGAGAUGCGCAGAUGAUCGACUUUGGCGGGGUGGAGACCAAUCCAGUGGAUCGAGCUCAUGCUGGAGGUGACUUCCCGUACCAGGAAGAGCUUGAAGCGUUGCCAGAUGCAGGCGAGCACCUUGCAAUGGAGCAGGGGAAUUGCAAAAGGACGACGCACCCAGGGCUCAAGAGGCCGCCGGCAGCGCGAUGGUCUCACAUUGCGCGUUUGCUGGGAGAAAGCCGAAGAGUCCCCUUCUCGACGUCCGCCGCUGGCCAUGGAACCAAGGUGCAGUUCCGAGUUCGUUGGAGGCGCUCCGUGGUGCACGAGCGUGCCCUUCCACCGCGAGAGAGUGCAAUCGCUGGAAGCUUGGAUUGUCAGGAGGACUUGAUAGAGCAGCGACGCCUGCCACCGCAGAGGCUGGCUGACGCAUCCGAGUGGGCUCGUGUCAGCCACAAAAAGACAGAAGGCAUGUGCAUUUGCCAGGAAGAACUCGCCACACGAUCCUGGCGCUGCAGCCAGGCCAAGAGCGUGCAGGCCUUCAAGCUCGACGAGACAGUGAGAUUGGGUCGCCAUUUGGGGACCCUGGUCGAGGAGCUCGACCGCCUAUCGAAGGGCAAGGUCGACCUGCAAACGCGUGGGCUGACGGGUGCCGCGCUGAGCAAGCGGGCACCGGCACCUCUCCGCAGUCUGAAUCCGCCCUGA